ACUGUAAUCUACUAAUGCCUGGGCAGUGUCGUAGUUUCCGUGUUGUUCCGUCUUUUGACAAGCCAUUCCUCCUGUUUUUCCGCGUUUUCAGUGGUGUGAACACGUAACGCUAUUUUGUCAUGAGCCAAACAAAACCCGAGCGCUCGUCGGUUAGUGGCUCAUUAACCGCUCACCGGGAAACAUGAACCGGGCGCUUAGAAAGUCUCAGUCUCUGCGUUGCUGCUCGGUGCUCGAGGUGAAAAGUAAAUAUGGUGCAGAAUUCAGGAGGUUUUCCCUGGACCGCUGUGAGCCUGGCAGGUAUAAAGACUUCCACAGGCUCAUUGUGCGUUUACAUCACCUAUGGCAAAUGGAUGUCCUUAUCGGAUAUGCGGAUGUCCAAGGAGAGCUGCUGCCCAUCAAUAAUGAUGACAACUUUUGCAAGGCUGUGACCUCCACACAAUCUUUACUGCGUAUCUUCAUUCAGCUUCAAGAGGAAGCUGACCAGUUUAUCACAGCUGCUGAAGAUACAACAAAACGAAAGAAAUCUUUCAGCCAGAAAAAAACACCAUUCCAGAUCAGCAUGCCUCUGAACUUCCGCCCUGUUUCGUCUAUCAUUGACGUGGACAUCAUACCAGAAUGCCACCGAAGGGUGCGUCUGUAUCGCCAGGGCUCGGACAGACCUCUGGGGUUUUACAUUCGUGAUGGUACCACUGUCAGGGUUACUCCAUACGGUCUGGAAAAGGUUCCGGGCAUCUUUAUCUCCCGCAUAGUUCCUGGAGGACUGGCGGCUUGCACGGGACUGCUGGCCAUUAAUGACCAGGUCCUGGAAGUGAAUGGUAUUGAUGUUAAGAGGAAGUCUUUGGAUCAGGUAACUGACAUGAUGAUCGCAAACAGCCACAACCUCAUCAUCACAGUGAAACCUGCAAACCAGCAUAACAACAUAAGGCGAAAAAGCUGCAGUUCCUCAAGCUCGGGACACUAUUUUGAUAGUACGCACUCUGUAAGCUAUCCAGGGCUACCUUUGAUAAUGAAAGCUUAUGGUUUAGGUUAUGGCUCUGAAAGCGAAGAGGAUGCAGAUGUGUUUGUGGAGAGCCCCAUCAAACACCUGUCCCGACAUCCGGGUUCUUCAGCCUCCUCUCAUUCUUCUCAGCCUUAUGUUAAUACUUCCUACAGGCCCAACGUUUCUGCCAGACGGGCCAAUUCGCUCAUUUCGGCUGCAUCCUAUCACUCUCAGCCUUGUCUUGCUCAUACACCUCACACUGACCACAGCGUCCCUCAUCACAGGCAUCGGACCUCUCAACAGCAUUUCGGCUGUAAUCCAGCCAUCAGACAGGAAAGCUCCAGUACCCAUGACAUUCUAAACACGUGGCACGUAGAUCUGAGUCGCCAUUUACUGUUGCCCCAGGGGGCAAUGGAGGAAGAUGGAAUUGUUGUUAUUUUGUAAAAGAUAAACCGAAAAUGCACCACCCAUUUUAAACUCUAUAUGCACUAUAAUUUAUAAAUUACUCGAUAAUAUAAUUACUUGCAUGUCAGGUUUUUACUGAUAAUUUUAUGAUUACUAUGGAUUCUGCA